AUGGGCGUCAAGCUGCGCUCCGGCUUCUACCUGGGAAAGAAGUUCGCGCUGCUGCUGGCGCUGCUCCCGGCCGCCCUGCUCUUGGCGCUCCUGGUGCUGGCGAUCCUCUACGGGCGUUGCGCCUGGGGACCGAAAGGAUCCGACCCGCUGCUCCCGGGCGUUCCGACGACGCCCGGGGCCAACGCCAGCGCGGAGUCCGCGACGCGGCCCUCGGGGCCCUGGGAUCAACCCCGCUUGCCCCGGCACGUCACGCCGAUCCACUACUCGCUCCGGCUCUGGCCCCACCUGGCGCCCGGCCUCCCCGAGCCCCGCACGCACUCGGGACAGGUGAACGUCACGGUGCGGUGCCGCGAAGCCACCUCCACGGUGCUGCUGCACAGCGCCGAGCUGACUUACCGGGGCGCUUCAGUGUGGGGCCCGCUGGAGGAGGCGCCCGCCAACACCAGCCGCAGCAUCCCGCUGGGGGAGGUGUGGGUGGCCCCUGCGAACCAAUACCUGGUGCUGGAACUGCUGGAGAGCCUGAGAGCGGGCAGCCUCUACGAGCUGCGGUUCGCCUUUCAGGGGAAGGUUCAGCCGGGGCCGGACUACUCCGGGCUCUUCCUGAACACCUACGAGGACGAAGGCGAGAGCAGGUGGAUAAUUGUUUCACAGCUACAACCAACAGCUGCAAGAUAUGUUUACCCAUGCUUUGAUGAACCUGCAAUGAAAGCUACCUUUAAUAUCAGCAUUGUUCACCAUCCCAGCUAUGUGGCACUUUCCAAUAUGCCAGCUUUAGAUGCAUCUGAGUAUAAAGAUGUGAACAACAGUGCACUGAGUGCUUUGAUGAAUGAAACUACACCAAUUAACUGGACUAUCACAACAUUUGAAACAACACUGAAAAUGUCUACGUAUAUCACUGCUUUUGUGGUCUGUAAGUUUGAUUAUGUCACCACAACUGAAAGAGGCAAUCAGAUACGUGUUUGGGCUCGGAAGGAUGCUAUUCAAAAAGGAUUUGCUAAUUAUGCUUUAAAUAUCACAGGGCCAAUAUUUUCAUUUCUGGAAGACUUACUAAACAUCAGUUAUCCUCUUUCAAAAACAGAUUUUGUUGCAGUACCUCUUAUGGAUCACGGUGCAAUGGAAAACUGGGGACUAAUGAUUUUCCAUGAAACAUCCUUAUUGAGUAAUCCAGAAGAUAACUAUAUAUCACAUAAAAUCCAGAUUUGCCAAGUUGUUGCUCAUGAGAUAGCACACCAGUGGUUUGGAAACCUAGUUACCAUGGAUUGGUGGAACGACAUAUGGCUUAAUGAGGGAUUUGCAACUUACUUUGAACAUCUAGGUCUAGACUACAUUGAACAUAUCAUGCCACUGGAUAAACUCUUUACCAAGCAGCUUGUACUACCUAUGUUGGCUAGAGAAAAUCAUCAAUUAAAUCAGUCUGUAUCAGAUACAGAAACCAGUCAAACAGAUUCUUUAUUCGACCUGUUCAGUACAGUAACGUACCAUAAGGGGGCUUCUAUCAUUCGGAUGCUUUCCAAAUUUAUGACUGAAGGAUUAUUUAUCAAAGCAUUGAAUUCGUAUCUGAGCGCAUUUUCCUUUUCUAAUGCCGUCCAAGAUGAUCUGUGGAAUCACAUUCAAAAGGUAAUAGAUGAGCAAAAUGACUUCCAGUUGCCAGCAUCAGUAAAAAUAAUAAUGGAUUCUUGGACCUGCCAGAAGGGCUUUCCACUCCUGACAGUAGAUUUCUCAACUGGCAAUAUUAGCCAGGAACCAUUUUUUGCUGAAAAAAAAGAACACAACUCAGACACAUGGAUUAUUCCUAUUUCUUGGAUAAGAAAUGGAACAUUACAACCUUUAGUAUGGCUUGAUAAACGUAGUAAAAUAUUUCCUGAAAUGAAAAUAUCAGAUUCAGAACACGAUUGGAUUGUUUUAAAUGUGAACAUGAGUGCUUACUAUAGAAUCAACUAUGAUCAAAAGUAUUGGAAAAGAUUGGCCAAAGUGCUUGAAGAUGAUCCAAAGGCUAUUCCUUCUGUCAGCAGAUUACAGUUAAUGGGAGAUGCCUUUCAUUUGAUUUGGUCCAAUCACACUGGAUAUGAGACUCCACUAUAUUUAACAAAAUACCUUGAAAAAGAAGAUGAUUCAACAGUGUGGAUGAUGGCAUUGCAUGUACUGGGCAUUUUCAACAGGGAUUUUCUUCUGAGAGAUCCUGAAUUAUACCCAGUUUUAAAGCAAUACUUACUACCACGAAUAACACCAAUAUAUCACCACUACGCAAAUCUUCUUCGUGAGAGUCCUAAAGCAUUGGAUAUGAAGCCAUUCAUCAA